AUUAAUUGUCACCCUAUCUCAUCAUGCACCCUAAAUAACUAAAGCAUAUAUCUUUACAGAUACGUCACAGAGCGAUACGGAGCGUUUCCUGACCAGCUGCGGUCCGAUCCAUCGAAAUGCCUUAUCAGAACACACUCUUACUCAAACUGUUUAGUAUCACUCAUUAUCACGAACUGGAAACACGUCCUCCGAAAGCAAUGGACGAUCGGCAAUGGGACUAAGAAUAAUAUGUGUGAAAGGUUAAAAUGGCGGACCUUCUGCCUAGUUUACCGGGGAGCACGCCUCAUGGGCUAAACGUGUCUCUAGAUGACUUCACUACGGACCAGGAUUUGGCAAAUGUGCAACUGUUCAAACAUUAUUCUGAAGGUCUUCUGCGAUUUGCUUCUGUGUCCUGUGUGCUGUUCAUGUUGGUGGGUAUCCCGGGGAACUUGAUCACUAUCAUCGCUUUGGCGCGCUGUAAGAAGGUACGCAACGCGACAGCAGUAUUCAUAAUGAAUCUGUCCUGUUCGGAUCUCCUGUUCUGCUGUUUUAACUUGCCACUGGCUGCAUCGACCUUCUGGAGCCGCUCCUGGACUCAUGGAAGGACGCUGUGUCGCAUGUUCCCUCUGGCCAGAUAUGCGCUUGUUGCUGUCUCACUAUUCACUGUACUCGCCAUCACGAUUAAUAGAUACGUUAUGAUCUCACAUCCUCGCAUCUAUCCAAAAUUAUACAAACGCCAAUACUUAGCCAUUAUGGUGGCUAGCACGUGGAUCUUCUCGUUCGGCGCGCUAGUGGCUACGUUCUUAGAAAAGUGGGGUCGUUUCGGAUUAGAUCCAACUAUCGGCUCUUGUUCCAUCCUUCCCGACAAAAACAAUAGAUCCCCCAAGGAAUUCUUAUUUGUCGGUGCGUUUAUGCUUCCAUGCUUAGCAAUAGUCAUAUGCUAUGCCAGGAUAUUUUGCAUAGUUAGAGAAGCCGCUAGAAAAUCUCGUGCACCUGCCAGAGGCAGAGGCCGGCCCGGACUAGAAGAUUCAGCUGUAGGAUCAGCAUCCACUGCUCUGGAACGCUCUCCUGGACCAGAAAACGGAUUAACGCAUGUUGUGAAACCAAAAAGAAAUCUACUAGCUCCACCUGCUUUACAUUGCCCACCGACUCCGGGCCCUGAACGAUCCUCCUCCUCUGGCGUGGACACUCUUGAUGGCCAUGAUGAAGAAUCAGCAUUGGAUGCAAAAUCACGAAUUCCAAGUGGUGUGGAAACAGCUAAGAGAUUGAAACAAGCUGCUGUUGUCCUACGCCGGUCUCCUGCAUCGGUAAAACCUCCGCGACUCACUCAUAAAGACAGAAAACUGCUAAAGAUGAUAAUGGCUAUAAUGCUCUCGUUUUGGGUUUGCUACCUGCCCAUUACGUUGACGAAGCUAUUUAGGAACUUCACAUCUAACCCUGUAGCUAAUAUUGCAGGAUAUUUGUUGAUUUACCUGACAACGUGUAUCAAUCCGAUUAUUUAUGUUGUGAUGUCCAGUGAAUACCGGCAGGCUUACAAGAAUCUGCUGAUGUGUCGGCGAUGGGCGUGACGUUCGUCCGGCGAUGGUGUCUCGGAGAAGCGCCCGCCGUGACUAUACAUCAAUGGGUGAACAUAAAAACACCCUCGUUAAAAAAUCACCAGACUUUCUAUGAACUACAAUACUCAUAUAACCUCCGUGAUUUUUAUGUGUUGUCUGUUAGGUAUGUACUUUGGUUAGAAUUGCGAGCCGUCCGUGAUCGUGCUAAUGGAACGAAUGGGAAUGUUUUAAAGUAAUUUUUAAUGGUAUUCCUCAAGGAGAAUUCCAUUGUAAAUAAUAGGAGUAAAUUGUCUUUUCAAGGUUACAAUUGUAAAAUAACACGUUCGAUACAAUAUGUGGUAUGUUAUUUACGCGUACAUAGAUAUCGUCAGUUAUUCAUAACUAUUUAUGUCUAACUAUAUGUCACAUUGUGUAUUGUGAAAUACUAUCUGAGUGUAAUUUAUUUAAGGCCAUAGCUACAUAUUAUUCAUUGUUUUAAGUAUUACUUAUUGAUACCGAUGCUGGUAAUGUCAAGCGAAUUUUA